AUGUCUUCAGCAGACCAGGUGAUCAUUUUGUACUCCCCUGCACUAUCUGUGUUUCCCGAGUCACUGUCUUCUUCUUCCCGACCCGAGAUCAGCUUCAAUGGCGUGCUCAAUACACCAGUUACAGCUGAAGAUCUAGUACCAUUAGGAAUGGGCAAGGUGCAGGCUAAGCUACCCCACCUGGAUCCGCGGUUGGCAGAUCCGGCUGUCUAUCAAGUCUUAAAAGAAUUGCUUUCAGAUUACACUACUAAGCAGUUCUUGGAACUUCAGAUGUCUAUUCAUCUGCAUAAGCUUCUGGGAAGUAUUCUUGAGUGA